AUGAUGGUUUUCCUUCCUCCUAAUGUCGUCCAGUAUGCAGUUCUUCUUUUUACAAUGUCUUUUCUCUCAUGGGCACAUAUUCAGAGACUAUUUGCCGAUGGUGAUCCAAGACAGCAAUCUGUGGAUAUUACCGCACCCUUAAUGAUUCAAACGCAAAAGCUUUCAUCUAUUGCCUUCAAUUUUUACGAUGGUACUGUCUUAUCUUCGGGUAAGGAACUCCGGAUAGAAUCCCACAAAACUCAUGCCAUAAAAAGUCGACCGAAAUUAUUGCCUUUCUUUAGCUAUCUUAUGUGCUUCCAAAAUUCAAUGGUUGGACCAUUUGUAUUCUUCACAGAUUAUUUAAAUUUUAUCGAAGGCAGAGAAGAAGACCAGGUUUCAGAUCCCACUGAACGGGACUAUGUGAUGAAUCACAAAGAUGAAAUUAGAAAUCCGAAGGGGGUCUUGAAGACUCACUUCAUUACUUUUGUGUUUCAUUUUGUUCUUGCCCUCUACGCUUCUGGUCGGUAUGAGCCGACAUACCUAAUUUCUGAUGAGUUCCAGCGAUUGGGCAUUUUUCGAAAGUAUUUCUGGCUCACCCUCUAUGGAUUCUACCUCAGACAAAAAUUCUAUUGCGCCUGGACUCUCAGUGCCCUGGCGAUGCUUGUUUCCGGUUUCGGAUUUUCGGGUUUCUCCUCGUCGUCAACUGGUGCCCUGGAGCCUGAAUAUCGCAAUGCCAUUAACUUCCGCUUUUGGGGAUGUGAGGUAAACAGCUGGAACCUUGGAACAGUGCGAUGGCUGCGGGAGUGUGUGUACGUGAGAGCGCCUAAACGCCAUGCUGUGGUAUCCGUCUUUCUAGUUUCCGCUUUCUGGCAUGGAUUCUAUCCCGUAUACUACCUUUGUUUCCUCUCUGCCGCUCUCGUCACAAUGACUGGCAGACUCUGUCGGGCAAGACUUCGACCAUGCUUUUUGAAGAGUUACUGGCAUCAUCGUCUAUAUGACGUUUUAACCAGCCUGUCUGCACUCUUUUGUCUCAAUUAUCUCGGAUGCGCUUUCGCACUUCUUGAUGCCUCGAUGACCCUCAAGUUCUGGGGCACGGCCUCAUACUUCACUUUUUAUUGGCCCAUUUCACCACUUGGUGUAAUGCCUCAACAAUUGGCUUGCUCGCCAGAUUACUGUUGA